CAUCUGGGCGCAACAAAAUAAAAACAAAGUAUGUACAUAUGUACAUAAACCACCAAAGCCAAAAAAUACACACAACAACAACUAAACCAAAAGUACCAAAACAGCAUAAUUUGAGAUUUGAGAGCUGGCAAGGUUGCAACUUGCAAUCUGAACCUGGUUCCUGGUUGCAGCGUUGCAGCCCUCUCCUCUAGAGGAUUGGUGACUGGUUUAGGCCACACUUCACUUACCUGACACCUGAAAAAUCCUGGAUAAAGAGAAGAAUUUUUUUUUGAUUAUCUAUUCUUUUUACAAAAAAAAAACUUUUGACUGUAAUGGCAUUUGCUACGCCGAUUCUUGUUUCUACCCAGAAUGGUAGUGCUACUGUUAUCCUUCGUGAAUCCACCGAGCAAGAUGGAACAAAAAGGUGUGACUGUGUCGUCUAUGAAAUUGAUACUUCCAGCAUCAAUCUGAAAACAGAUGAAAUUUUCCCAGCUGAAAACGAGUUCGUCAAUGAGCUGAACACAGAAGAAUCCACUUCACACUUGAAUGUCGGAGAUGUUUCUACGUGUGUCCCUAAGUCUAAAUCAUACCCUUGCACUUUUGAAGGCUGUGAUAAGAAAUAUAGUAGCAAAGGACACUUGUUGGUUCAUAUUAGAAGUCAUACUGGAGAGAGACCUUUUAAAUGUGCGUCUGAAGGCUGUGGAAAAUCUUUUGCAAAUAGCUACAGUUACAAAACACACCUGAGGACCCACAGCAACGAAAGGCCUUACCAGUGUGAAAAUUGCAAAAAGGCCUUCAGAACUACUAGUGAUCUCAACAAACACUCUAGACUCCACAGAGGUGAAAAGCCAUACAAGUGCAGUAUAGAGGGUUGCGAAAAAUGUUUCACAACAUCAGGCUGCUUGAAAAUCCACCUUCGAACACACACUGGAGAGAGGCCUUUCGUUUGCACUUAUGACAAUUGUGGAAAAUCUUUUAUCGCUAUCCCAAAUUACAAGAACCACCUGCGAACGCACUCAGGAGAAAAACCUCUUGUGUGCCCAUUAAAAGACUGUGGUCGAACCUUUUCCGAGUACUCGACUUUAAACAAACACAUUUCUGUGCACAACCCGGCCAAACCUUUUACCUGCGAGAUGUGCCAGAAAGGAUUCAGAAGAAUUCAAUCACUGGUGAUGCACAAGAAAAGCAUUCACGGUCUUGAGUUAACAGUGGCUGGGACUUCAAACGAGUCAGAAGAGGUUGUUCUUGACCGUCAAAUGGACGAUGACUUAGCAUUGAGUGAAAAAGUGAAUGAAGAGCCAGAACCGCACAUCAUUCUCGUUCCACCGGACACCAACACAGCAUAAGGUCUGUUUUUUAAAAUAAAAAGCGUUUUUUUUUUCUAUUACGAAAUCAAAA